CCAGAAGACCGUCUUUCUCACCAGUCCGUCCCGAAACAUCAACAACAUGCCACCAAAGACUACUUCCGCUGCUAAGGAGAACAUCGCCCUCGGCCCUCAGAUCAGAGAGGGUGAGCUCGUCUUUGGCGUUGCUCGCAUCUUCGCCUCGUUCAACGAUACCUUCGUCCAUGUCACCGAUCUCAGUGGUCGCGAAACCAUCGCCCGUGUUACCGGCGGUAUGAAGGUCAAGGCCGACCGUGACGAGUCCUCCCCCUACGCCGCCAUGUUGGCUGCCCAGGACGUCGCUGCCCGCUGCAAGGAGAUUGGCAUCACCGCCCUCCACAUCAAGAUCAGAGCUACCGGUGGAACUGGUUCCAAGACCCCCGGCCCCGGUGCCCAGAGCGCUCUGCGGGCACUUGCCCGUGCCGGUAUGCGCAUCGGACGCAUCGAGGAUGUUACCCCCGUUCCUUCAGACUCUACUCGCCGGAAGGGAGGUCGCAGAGGUCGCAGAUUGUAAACAACCAAAAUUCAAAGCCGUUUCCUAUUUUUUCUUGUUCUGGCACAGUGUUUUCUUAUAUGUAUGUAUUAUCAUGUGGACAUAAAAAAUGGAAAUUAUCUUAAUAAAAGUUGAUCCUGAAUUGGUCGGGCAUAUUUUAUUCCUCUUUACUCUUUACAUCUAUAGAAAUAUAGAAAUGAUAUGAUUUAGAAUCAGUGCUUUCCAAUAUUGUAAAUCAAAGUAACCGCAACCUCCACUCCUUCCUAACAAUACAGUCUCAAAUAAAGUACACUUUUACAUCUCAUCGCGCGACUUCAAGCUUCUGCUUCCGCAGACCCUCGGCGCCAUACUCUCCACUUACACUAGAGACAGUAGACACCGACGAAUUCCGCCUGCGCUUCCUCGGAUCUGCUGCUGCUACUGCUGCUGCUGCUGCUG